GUCAUUUGGUCAGAUGAUUCAUACAGUUAGUUGGUUUGCGAAAUGGCGUCGAUGCUCUUUUGUCUGGGAAGAUGGCGGUAUCGUUGUUGUUGCUCAGAUGUUUUACAAUAAUAUAAAAGCUUUUCAGUCGACAUAAGAAGUAUAAAUGAUAUGUUAUGCCUGUGGAUAGUGUAGCUGUUUGUAUUUUCUAACAUAUUCUGUACCAAAGUGUUGUUUUAGUCAAGCUUGGUAGUGUAAUUAGACCCUGUAAACUAAGAAGAUUGGCUGGCAGUACGGCAGUAGGCAGUACGGCAGUACCACCAAAAGUGGAGUUCAGUAAAAUUAUUCAAAAUGUAGUUUGAAGCCUGAACCUAAUCUUCGAGAUGCCUCGGAGAUCACAGACGCGAACUGUGGCUGGCAAAACCAGCACUGUGGAUCAAACUGGAGAUGGAAACUCAUCAGAGAAGACUGGAGGGGAAGGAGAUGAGGCUGCGAAGGAAGAAAAUAAGAUUCCAACUGAACCACCACUGGUCGUAAAACGUGGAAGAGGUAGACCUAGAAAGGACGGUACACCUGCAAAAAGCCAAGCCUCCCCAAGUGUUAUCAAGAAGCCACCAGAAAAAGUAUCGGAGGAGAAGCCGGCCGGUGCCUCUCCCGUGAAGAUGACGCGCAGCGGCCGCGUCAUUCACUCGCCCGUGCGUCCCGGCGCCAUGCCAUCGCCGCCGCCAAAGCCGAAGGAACCCGCACACUCGCCGCGACCGGCCGCCAAGCCGACGCCGAACAAGUCGUCUCCGAUGCCGGUCCCCCUGGCGGGAAGAAAACGAAUAAAGUCGGAUGCCGGCGCAACGGCCGCCGUCGUGAGACCCCCGCCAGCGAAGAAACUGCCAGGAGACAGCGAGCGUAAAGAUGGAGUGAUGUUGCAGCUGGCGACGCCGCCGGCCGCCAAUCUCGGCGACGUGAAACAGGCGGUCGACCACAGCAGGGAGAUACGCGAGAUAUUCGGAUUUGCCGACGACGAGGGUGACGGCGAGAAUGCGGAGAAAGCUGAGGAAGCCGACGGGAGGAUCGUGGAGAGAUCGGAGCUGAAGAGCGCAGGAGAAGCACGUGUGGAGAAGGGAGAGGCUGCCGGUACGCCAGCGGUGGUUGCAGAGAAUUCCGGCAAAGAGAAGGAGGGUAGCGAUGAAGCUGAGAAGAAAGUCGCCGUAGAUGAGCUUCUCAUAGAGGAAAAUGCGACGAAAGUCUCCAUUGAGAUGCCUGUAGAGGAAGCCAGGGAGGAGGCAAAGGAAGGUGAGGUGUCCAGAGAGGAAGCAGAGAAACAGUUUGCUGUGGAGGAGGAAGUAGUUGCUAUUGAGCAACCUCAGCAGCAGCAACAAGAGGAGGAACUGGUUUUGCAAGAAUCGGCUAUGUCAUAUCCAGUGAUUGAAGAAGACAGUGAAGAAUUAACCACAGAACAACAGGAAGAGAAAAUUAUCGCCAUGGAUACAAACACGCCGAUGACAAUUGAGGAAAGUACAGUCGUUGGCAUAGAAGCGGACGCGGUGGUUGCCGAACAACAAAGUAACGUGAUAACACGAGAGGAGGAGGUAGCGGAUAAGGUGGAUGGGGAAUCUAUCGAAGUUCAGGAUGCUGACACCAACACUGAACAAGACGUGAAGCACUGGCAGGUCGCUCAAUCCGCCGAGGGAUCGCGCGACUUUGUACAGGUCACGGAGGUCAUGGUAGCGGCCGCCGCCCUGGAGGCAGAAACAGGACAGGUGAUCCAAGAAGCGAUGGGGGAGAGCGAGGAGGUGGAGACGACCGAGCCGGUGGCGCCACCUGACAACACACAACCGUACACAAUUGUGCAGGAGAUUCACGUACAUCCAAGUCAGAUACAGGUAGAUGAAGGAGUUCAGCUUCAGAUAGAUAAUGUUGACAACAUUAUUCAGCUGGAUCAGCCAUUGAUCGCCAUCAGGCGUGGCAGGCGGUCUCUGAAGGAGCGGGGAGCCGAGUUUGAGAUGGUCGUACAGAACAGGGACGGCGGCAAGACUUUUGUCUGCGUAGAAUGUCAGAAGGAGUUUCCAUCGAGGGCGCUACUGUUCCGCCACACCGUCAUCCACACGGGCGAACGUCCGUACGAGUGCGAGAGCUGUGGCAAGGCUUUCCGACAGAGCAGCACCCUGAGCAGACAUAAGGCGACGCACUCGGUGGCGCGUCCGUUCGCGUGCGAUGAGUGUCCGAUGGCGUUCAAUCGUCGCUCGACACUGCUCGCGCACAAACGCACGCACAGCGAGCAGAAGCAGCACGUCUGCCCGAUCUGCGGCAAGGGCUUCCACCUCAAGGCCAACCUGCAGAACCACAUCUACGUUCACACGGGCGAGAGACCCUACAAGUGCCCGCACUGCGAGAAGGGCUUCAACCAGAAGUCGAACCUGGCCUGUCACAUCCAGAAGGCACACAACAAGGCGCCGAUCAAGUGUCGAACGUGCGACCGCGACUUUGCGAACAAGACGACUCUGCGCUACCACGAGACGUACGUGCACGGACCCGAGGCAGUCACGCACCUCCCCCUGGUGGCCAACCGCAAGGGACGGCCGCCAAAGUCCUCUAUCAUCACCAGGGACGGCGAGGAGAUUGAGGUGGAUGGAAACGGUGAGGAGGAAGACGAGUUGGACGAGGAUUACGCGAACGGCGUCAAGAUGAGGGUGAACAUCCUGCAGCGUGCGGGCGCGCCGGCGCGACGCGAGUACACGUUCGGUCCCACGACCCGCCUCGGUGGCAAGGUUGGUGACGAGAUGGUGAUGAAACACGGGCGCGUGCAGGUGUUCCACAAAAGGAACCUUCAGCAGGAGCCAUCGAAUCAACAGACAUUCUUACACCAUUGCACAGAUGGAGAGAUGAACAGAGUCCUCGGUAUGAAAGUGGCCACCAACCAAGAUGAGAUGUUGGAUCAGAGCAAGCAGCGGGCACGUGCCCCCCAGCCUACUAUAGCGAUGUUGAAGACUGGGGAUAAACCGAUGCUGGUGAAGAUCAUGCCACAGGUCGGAGGCGUGCAGACUGUCGUGCCGCUCACCAUGGGUGACCUGAAGCUGCUCGCCGUAGAAAGCUCCUCGACGGGCGACGGACAGAAGAUGUAUCGCAUACCCGUCACAAAGACACUCGUGCUUCAGGAUGUGCAGCAGGAGGAGCAAGAGCCCAUCGCAGGUCAAGAGGUCGCCAUCGAACCAAAGCAGGAACAAGCCGACGUCCUGGGAGCAGCAGAGACAGACGAAAUGCAAGAGGGAGUCGUUGAGGAGGGGGAGGACGAGGAAGAGGACGCGAUGGAGCACGAGUACACGCCCGUGAUGAGCGCGGAAGCGGGCGGCAUCGAGUACGUGACUCCGGGGAGCGGCGACGCCGGGAUCGCGAUGAUGCAGAACGCGGAGGGCACGUGGACGGCGCUGACGCCGGCGCAGGCCGAGGCAGCACGCAUCGCCGCGUCGCUGCCGCCGGGUCUCGAGCUCGCUGCCGCCGAGGGCAUUACGGCCAUGCAACAGCUCACGGAUGGACACGGGGACAUGCAGUACAUAGCGGACAACGGGCAACCGGUGUUUGCCACAGAAACCGCGCAGGAGUUCACCGAGGGUGCCGGUCAACCGAUUGAAGGUCAGAUGGUCAUGGCUGAAGGUCAAAUGGUGACAUCCGAAGGUCACGUGGUGACAGCCGAAGGUCAAGUGGUGACAGCCGAAGGUCAAUUGGUCACGGCUGAAGGUCACAUAGUGACACAGGAAGGCCAGGUGAUGACAGCCGAAGGUCAGAUGGUCACGGCCGAAGGUCAAGUUGUGGCAACUGAAGGUCAGAUGGUCACGGCCGAAGGUCAAGUUGUGGCAACUGAAGGUCAGAUGGUCACGGCCGAAGGUCAAGUUGUGGCAACUGAAGGUCAGCUGGUCACGGCUGAAGGUCACAUGAUCGCUACUGAAGGUCAGGUGAUGACAGGCGAAAGUCAGAUGGUGACAUCCGAAGGUGAAAUGGUCACGGCUGAAGGUGAGAUGGUCACGGCUGAAGGUGAGAUGGUCACGGCUGAAGGUGAAAUGGCCGAAGGUCAGGUUCUAGCUGCGGUCGACGAGCAGCUGCUGACAUCUGGUGGACAGGUAAUCACGUCCGACGGACAGGUGGUGACGACCAACGGCGAGAUGGUGACGGGCGACGGGCAGGUGGUGACGGGCGGUCAGCUGAUCACGGCCGACGGCCAGCCAAUGGAGGGACUACCAGAGGGCGCAUACAUCAACGAGCUCGGUCAGAUCGUGCUUCCGGGCACGCAGGUGGUUCAGGUGCUCCACGAGGUCACCGCUGCGGACGGCUCCACGCAGCAGUUUAUCGAGGAGAGAAUUCUCGUCGGCGAUCCGAUCCUGCCGACCGACGACACGCAGGACGCGGGCUAGCGGCGCCACCUGGUGCAACGACGGGGAGCGAAGUUACACCAAAACCUCGCCGAUGUGGACGCGAGGGGGGCGACGACGACGGCGUUUCCGCAUGUAGUGAGAUUUGCGGUGCGUCUUGUCACGCGUUGGACGUAUAACACGAGUGGCGGAUUGUAUAUUUUGCUGAACUGGUCACCGUAGCUUUAGCAUCAUAGUUUUCAUGCACCUUGUAUAGCAACCAUGUUGAGCUAGUUUGUACACACACUGGCCUGUAUUUAGUUUGUGUACAAUUAGUGUCACACAUUCCACAUUAUCUGUAGUUAACCUCAUAUUGUCAAAAUAUUACUAUAAAAAAAUUGUGUUAUAAAAGUUUUGGAACCAACAAGACACAAACGUGUGUAGAUUGAUAGUAACUGAAUCGAGUUGUUCUGAAUUUGUCAACAGGAUUGCUUUAACAUGUUUAAUAGUUAUUAAAUAAUUUUAUUUCCUUUACAAUUUCAACGUAUACAUUUCAUGGUCAUUUCAUUUGUAGCACUAUACGCUUGUAUUAUAUUGCUGCACGUAUUUUUAUGAAAUAAAACAUGUAAAAUCACUAC